AACUCAUCUGAGGCUCACUGCAGGCUCUGCUGCGGCUUCUAGAAGCUUCCUGACCAUACUGCUGCGCCCUGAUCCUCUGUCUCAGCCAGGACGAGUCUGCGGACCCCUGAGGCUUCCUGAAUGUUUGACCUGCCGACUGCGGUCCCCUCAGACAUGGCAGAUAACUGGCUGACCUAUCAGAUUGAAGGAGAUAUGGGGCAUGAACCCCUUUCCAAUUCAGUGAACCUGGAUGACAGUCUGACCAGUCUUCAAUGGCUACAAGAAUUCUCCAUCGUCAAUGCCAAUGUGGGCAGGACCCCUUCGUCAUCUGGAGAGCAUCAUGGGUACCGUCACCUCCACGGUUCUGCUGCCCCCUGCUCCCCACUGGCUGCUGAUCCUGCCUGCUUAGGAAUGCCACACACCCCAGGAAAACCCACAUCCUCUUCUACCUCAAGUACAGCCCACCUGGGACUUCAACCCAUGGAGGAGAUUGACUACAAGACCAACCCGCAUGUUAAGCCACCAUAUUCAUAUGCCACCCUCAUAUGCAUGGCAAUGCAGGCAAGCAAGAAGACCAAGAUCACACUCUCUGCCAUCUAUAAGUGGAUCACUGACAAUUUCUGCUAUUUCCGACAUGCAGACCCCACCUGGCAGAAUUCCAUAAGACACAAUCUUUCGCUGAAUAAGUGCUUUAUUAAAGUUCCUCGGGAGAAAGACGAGCCAGGAAAAGGAGGAUUUUGGAAGAUUGACCCACAGUAUGCUGAUCGCCUAAUGAAUGGUGCCAUUAAGAAGCGACGGUUGCCACCUGUCCAGAUCCAUCCAGCUUUUGCCGGUGCACAGUGCACAGCUUCCUCUGACAGUAAUAUGGGUUCCAUUUGGCCAUUAAAUGUGAGCUCAAAGUCCUACCAACUACUGAAGGAAUUUGAGGAGGCCACAAGUGAACAAAACUGGAAUUCCGCUGGUGAACAUGUCUGGAAUGUCACAGACAGCAAAGGUCACAAGCGCAAACAGCCAUUGCCUAAGCGAAUGUUUAAAGCUCCCCGUUUGUCUAGUUCCCCCAUGCUAGCACAAGAUGAACAGACAGAAUUAGGACCCCUUAAAGGUGAUUUUGACUGGGAAGUCAUAUUUGAUUCAAAUCUCAAUGAAGCAAAUUUCUCUUCCUUUGAGGACCUGGAGGUUACACCUCCGUUAAGUCCAGUUGCCCAGUCUGUUGAUCUCACAGUCCAUGGUAAGCACAUUAAUUGCCCCCAGCAGUGGUAUCCUAUGGAACACGACCAAGCAGCAACUCAAAACAGUUUGGAUUUUGACGAGACAUUCCUGGCUACUUCCUUCCUCCAGCACCCAUGGGAUGAGGGAAAGAAUGACUUCCUAUCAAAUUCUACCAACCUAGACCAGUUGUUUGAUCUCAAUGAGGAGUUCCCUCCAGGACUCAACGACUGGAACUCCAUGGGUUCUUAUUUAUAAUAAAAGUGCCAUAUUGAACUUUUAUAGACUAAAUAAAUAUAUAUAUAUAUAUAUAUAUAUAUAUAUACACACACAUAUAUAUAUAUAUAUAUCUCAAGAAGAUUGUAUGAAUACUCCUAACUGAACUUUGAAGGAGCAGAGAGUUCAGACGUUUACAUGUCUUUUAAAGGGAGCCUCCAGUAUAGAAUACCUUUUUUUAUUAUACCCAGAGAGAAACAGUCUAAAUGACAGCAUAAACUCUGGACACAUAAAUGACACUUUACUCCUCGCCCUUAAUGAAAAUACAGUACUUAGUAAAGAGAUUUUAAAAAAAAGCAGAAAAAAAACUUUUGUACUUAUUUUUCUACAGAUGAAAGCAAAAAGGAACUACUUUUGAAAACUGUAUUUGUUUCAUCCUGACUAAAUGUAUGGUCUUCUAUGGCGAGCCUAUGUAAGAUAUAUAUGUGAUAUCACAUGCAGUGAUAUAUGAGCAAUAUAAUAACAUAAUGUGCAAUGUGCGCUCUCCAUCUGACCUCAUUUAGCAUAUUCUUGACCACUAUGAGCAUUGUGUGCCCUUGGCAGAAUUUAGGGCUGUUCCUGCAUUCCAUACUGAAUUACUGAUAUGUGAUAACUUGUUCUUUUUUUUUUUUUUUUUUAAUACAUAAAUAUAUAUAUAUUUUUAAAUUUCAGAGAGGGGAUGUGUUUGAAAAAAAAUCAACAGAAUUCUACAUUGUAAUCUGGCAGCACGACCAGUGAUUGACCCAGCUCUAUUACUUUAUGGGCUGACUGCAGAAUCUGAUUUGGUGGCAGAAGAUGUAAGAUGUAUAUAGUGGGUGUAAAAUAAGCGAAUGCUGCUAGCAUUUUUAAAGAAUUAUACAAUAAUAAGUUUUUUUUGGGAAUACAUAUUAAGCCUUUGCUGCCAGAGUCCUGAGUGUGGUGCAUGUUUCUUUAGUGUUAAGAGUUAAAUAGGUGUCCAUCCAAUGGAUUGUAAUACAUGGGUGGGGAACCAGUGUGUAUGUGUGCGUGGAUGUGUGUGCGUUUGAAUAGAAUUGGUGUCAGUGAACAAUAAGGAGUUUAUGACUGUUCACUGCCUGUUUCAAUGGCUUCAACAUUGUUAUGCAAUUCCGAAUGUGGUGGGAAUCCGAGUUGGAUGCUGGGAAGAUUGGGAAACAUAAAAAGCACACUUGUAUGGACUUUGAAGGUGUAUUGAGUUUGCUCCUGUGCAAAUAAAUAAAUGUAUUUUUCAAACUGAAGCA